UCCAAUAAUUAACUGUGCUCUCUGCAAAAAGAACAACUUUCUUACCAUAAACUGCUGAAUGCACAGAUCUGUACAGUCCUUAAAAUCCUCAAUUGCUUGGGGAUGAAACCAGGUUGAUCCUUUGUGAGGUGGGAUUCCUUUAAAUUCUGUGAAAAGUGUAAACCCAUUUAAGAAAAUUAAGGCUUUGCAUUAGUGGUUCCUGUUUUUGUUGAGAGCAGAUGUAAUUCGGGUUUUGCUCUUGUUUCAAUAGGAAGUUUCUUCUUUGUUCUUUCUAUUAGUGGAUGGGUCUAGGGAUGUAUGGAUUCGUUUAUUUGAAGCAUAAAACUAGUUUCUUUGAGUGGUUUUCUGUAAAUUGGCAUUGAGGAAAACUAAAGGGUUUUUCAAAGCCGCAACAAGGUCUGUAUUGCUCUGUUUAAGCAGAGAAAUGAUUCAGUUGCUGUUCUUGGUCUUGUUCGCUGAGGUUGUUCUGGCAUUCCUUCUAUUGAUCAAGAUUGGGCCAUUGAGAGAGCUUGUGAUGAAGACUUUGGAUCAACUGAAGAUGGGGAGAGGUCCUGCUACGAUGAAAACCAUAGCUGGUACUAUGUCUGUGAUUCUCCUGUCCAGCCUUAUGAGUAUUGUUAAGAUCCAGAACAAGGGUGCAAAGCUUGGUACCAUGUCACCCAUGGAUCAGGUUCUAUGGAGGACCCAUUUGCUCGAGGCUUCUCUCAUGAGUUUUACCCUAUUUCUUGGAUUCAUGAUUGACCGUAUGCACCAUUAUCUCCAAAAGCUUAUCCGGUUGAGGAGUAGUGUGGGAGCUUCAAAAGAGGAAGUUGAAAGGCUUCAAAAAGAAAAGAUUCAGUUCAAAGAAAAAGAAGAGAAAGCUUCCAAGGAGAUAAAGCUGCUGCAAGGAGAAAUUGCAACCCUAUCAGAGAAUUUGAAAAAGCUGAAGCAAGAAACUGAGGAAAAGGAUAAGAGGGUUGAAACUGCUGAAAGCCAUGUAGCAUCCCUUCAAAAACAAGCUGCAGAUCUACUUCUUGAAUAUGAUCGUCUAUUAGAAGACAACCAAAAUCUUCAGACUCAAGCUCUAGGAUAUAGGAGUUAACUUUGAAAGGUAUCGAGGAUGGGAGUUUAUUCUGGUCACCGGUGAUGUUAAUGAAACGUAUCCUUAUUGCAAGGAAAGGGUGUUUGUUUUGCCCUUCCAAGAGGGAAAGUGGAGAUGGAAUAGUUGUAAUAUUCUAAAAUUUUGUACUUGUCAGAAGAAGUUCUAAAAAUUUAGUUAGUCUAACUGAUAUUGUUUGUCUUUCGUCUU